AUGCGUCGGCGUGAAAUCGUCCAGUCGAAGUAUAAGAAACCUUUUAGGUUCGGUGAAACUCCUUCUUUUUUUUUGAGUGUUGGGAAAUCAACUCGAAUUGCCGCAGCUUGUUUGAACAAAUAUCGUCCGGUAUUGCAUGAUGCUAACUCUGAUCUGCACAAAGCUACCGCGCAACGAAUGUUGGAUUUAUUACAUCGUCAAAGUGAUUUAGAAAAGUUGAUUUCCGAUGGUGAACUGUCAUUAAGAAAAAAGUGGAUUACACUAAUGGAUAUAAACAAUAAUUUCGACUUUCCUCAACUUGAUCUUGACAUUCUUCGCGAGUAUACCUGUGGAACUUAUCAACUAGAACAAAGUGCAGCUUAUGCAAAAGCUCAUUUAUAUGAGCAUGACAACGAGUUCGAACUCCAAAUAUCACCUGAUGACGAUCCUCUCAUUCGAUGUCGACUACAUAGUCGACAUUCCAACGCAACUCGUUAUUUUAUAUGCAUUGAUUAUGAUAAACAUGAUAUGAAUGACCCUAUAAAGGACCAUUACUGCCAAUGUAAGAACGGCAAAAGAAUGUUGGGAUGUUGCGGGUAUGUUGCUACAGUUUUAUGGUACCUUGGAUACGCUCGUCAUAUUGGAUAA